CCAGCUCAAGAUGGAUAUCACAACCACUAGUUUUCUGGCCAUAAUCUUGGUCCUUCAUGGCAGAUUCACUGUCGACGGUGGUGGCUCCAACACAUACAAAGCCAUUGAUAACAUCUUAGUUAACUGUGGCUCCUCCGCCUCCGUUCAACUCGCUAACCGGACAUGGAGCCCUGAUAUCAACUCUCAACAGCUUAAAAUCUUUGAAAAUCCUCCAUUUUCAUCAGUUCAGGCUAAUACAUCUUCACUCGACAACCGUCCAUCGCUCAUGAAGGAUCUUUACAUCACUGCACGCCUUUCUCGCUCUGAAUUUACAUACUCGUUUCUAAUGCUCACUGAUGGCCCCAAGUUUCUUCGUCUUUAUUUUUACGCAUCUUCAUACUCCGACUUUGAUCGCUAUUCUUCCUUCUUCUCAGUUAAAUCAGGCCCCUUUACCCUUCUUAAAGACUUUUCACCCACCGCCGACGAUGACGACGACGAAUCCGAUAUCAUAACCCGGGAAUACUGUAUCAACGUCCCACCUGGAAAUUUGAUGCUGAAUGUUACCUUCGUACCCAACACCACCGUCACGAGUCCCGACGCCUACGCUUUCAUUAACGGUAUCGAGGUUGUUUCUAUGCCCACUUAUCUUUAUUACACUAAACCGAGUGAUCACCCAGGUUUGCCUUUUGUUGGUCGCAAUACCUCUUACCACAUCGAAAGAACCAUGGCACUGGAGACGAUGUACAGAAUUAAUGUUGCUGGGAAUCAAAUCCCUCCUGAUCAAGACACUGGAAUGUUCCGUAAUUGGCUCGUAGAAAAGCAAUACUUGACACAAGCUCGUCCAGAUAAGGAGAGUCAUGCAGCUUAUUUCGGCGAUCCUCAAAAUCUGAGAUACACAAAGAUUUCCAACUACACUGCACCAGAUAGAGUGUAUCUGACUGGCCGUAGCUAUGGUGUGAACGAGGGAUCGGUAACGUAUAACCUGACUUGGGAGUUUGAAGUCGACUCACAGUUCUAUUACAUGGUGAGGCUCCAUUUUUGUGAGAUCGACUUCAAAUUUCAAAAAUCUGGGGACCGAGUUUUCCAGAUCUUCAUUGCUGACCACUUGGCUGAGCCUCGCGCUGAUGUGGUGGCGUGGGCUGAAGAUAUUCUAACUCCUUACUAUAAGGAUUACGCAGUUGGGAUGGGCAGCAAAGAUCAAGAGCUGAAGAAACUUAAUCUUUCCAUUAAGUUGCAGCCAUAUGAUGAUGGGCAAAUAAGCGGCUACAUGGAUGUGAUAUUGAAUGGAAUUGAGAUUUUCAAAAUAAGUGAUGCCAAUUCCAAUCUUGGAGGUCCCAAUCCUGACCGACGGCUCAAGCCAUCUCCAUGGACCCAAUCUCAAAAACCGAAAAGCUCAAAGAAAACAAUCAUGAUUUCCAUCAUUGUUGGUGUAGCUUCAUGCUUCCUUGUGCUAUCCCUUGUCGUUUUUCUCAUCUCCCGACGACAGAGCACCAGAUUGAAGAAAUCCAAAAGCAAGAGUACCCAUGGUUCAUCAUCACUACCGUCUGGUCUAUGUCGAUGCUUCUCAAUCGCUGAGAUCAAAGCAGCCACAAAUAAUUUCGACGAUAUCUUCAUCAUAGGUGUUGGAGGGUUUGGUAAUGUGUACAAAGGCUACAUCGACAAUGAUACACUUCCGGUUGCAAUCAAACGGCUCAAACCGGGUUCGCAACAAGGCGCACAUGAAUUCCAGACCGAGAUUGAGAUGCUCUCUCAACUUCGUCAUGUUCAUUUGGUGUCCCUCAUCGGAUACUGCAAUGAAGGUGACGAGAUGAUCCUCGUGUACGAAUUCAUGGCUCGUGGGACUGUUUGUGAACAUCUUUAUGGUUCCGAUUGCGAUGAACCACUCUCAUGGAAGCGAAGGUUGAAAAUGUGCUUAGACGCGGCGCGUGGGCUGCACUACCUUCACACAGGCGCGAGUCACAAUAUCAUCCACCGGGACGUGAAGACCACGAACAUCCUAAUAGAUGAGAAAUGGGUGGCAAAGGUUUCUGAUUUCGGACUGUCCAAAGUGGGGCCCAUGGGGAUGUCGAGGUCUCACAUAAGUACCGUGGUGAAAGGGAGUGUGGGGUAUUUGGACCCAGAAUACUACAAGCGUCAACGGUUGACUCCAAAGUCUGACGUGUACUCAUUUGGCGUGGUACUGCUUGAAGUAUUGUGUGGAAGGCCGCCUUUGGUACGUAACGUGGAGAAGAACAAGGUUAGUCUGGUGGAUUGGGUCAAAAGAUGCCAUCAUGAAGGAACAAUUCAUCAAAUUGUUGAUUCGGUGGUUAUAGGAAGCAUAACGCCAGAGUGCUUGAAAGCAUUUAGUGACUUGGCGUUAAGAUGUUUGGUUGAUGACGGGAAUGAAAGGCCGUCCAUGAAUGAUGUGGUGGGGAGCCUGGAGUUUGCAAUGGAGCUUCAAGAGAGCACAGAAGGAAGAGAGAGAAUUUGUGAUCAGAGUGGCACCCAGAAUGAGAAGGAAGAUGUGCUGAUUAAGAGAGAGCUGGUUAAAGAUGAUGAGGAAAGUGAAGUGAGAUUCACGAGUAGUGAUGGAACAUUAAGUGAAUCAAAGAGUAGUGGGAUGACCAAUUCUAGUAGCGACAAGGAGGCUCUGAAUUCUAGGAUGAUUUUCUCUGAGCUCAAUAAUCUCACCGCGAGAUGAAUGAAAUCAUCCUCCUUGUCACUCUCUUUUCCAUUCUCAUGGGGUGUAGGAAGUUAUAAAAUUUAUAUGUUACCAAUAUCUAGUCAGGAACUAUUUAGCUUAUGAUCAUAAGGUUUCGUAGAAUUAAAAUCCUAUUAUUGAUAUAAAAAAUUUUUUGAUAGAUGAUAUAUAAAUACUUAUUUAAGUGUUUA